GCAAUCAGAUGGCAAUGAUAUUUGAAACUCUAAGCCGGAUAUCAUAAAAAUGAAAUCUUUUAUAAUUUUUCAAGUAAUUUAGUUAGUGGGAAGAGUUGAAGCGAUCGUGCCGGCCUCAAUGUUGGACUUGAGCAUUCAACAAACCAAUUUCUCUCUCUCCCUAAAGUUGUUGUCAGCUCCAUUUUGAGUUUCACAUAGUGGAGGUGCUGGUGCGUGGAAAAGAUGGCUUCUUUGGGGAGAACAUCUCACAAGCCUGAGAGGCCCCGGCCAUUGUCGUCGCCGUCUUCUGCUUCUCUGACCUCUCCUUUGAGAAAUAAUGGUGGAGGCGUUGCUCAGGCGCAGCCGCAUUCUGUCCGCUCCAAAGCAGCGUCGUCGUCCAAUUCCAGACGCUCUGUCACGCCAACGUCAAGAACUCCUCGCUCUCUCCCUCUUGAUUAUGACCAAGAAUCUGAAAGAGUGAGAGUUGCUGUCAGAAUCCGACCUAAAAAUGCCGAGGAUCUCUCUGAUGUCGAUCAUGCUGAUUGCGUGGAACUUCAGCCUGAGCUCAAAAGAUUGAAGUUGAGGAAAAACAACUGGAGUUCUGAGUCUUACAGAUUUGAUGAAUUAUUAACUGAAAGUGCUUCUCAAAAGCGUGUAUAUGAGGCAGUAGCAAAGCCUGUCGUUGAGAGUGUGUUGGAUGGAUAUAACGGCACAGUUAUGGCUUAUGGCCAGACAGGCACCGGCAAGACUUACACACUUGGCCGGAUGGGAAAAGAUGAUGCAUCGGAGCGUGGAAUAAUGGUUAGAGCUUUGGAGGACAUAUUGGCGGGAACAUCAGCAUCAGACACUGUGGAAGUCUCUUAUUUGCAGUUAUACAUGGAGUCUAUUCAAGAUUUACUUGCUCCGGAAAAGACAAACAUUCCGAUUGUUGAGGAUGCAAAGACCGGAGAAGUAUCGGUGCCUGGAGCCGAAAUAGUUAAAAUACGGAAACUCGAGCACUUCUUGCAACUAAUGCAACUUGGAGAGGCUAACCGUCAUGCGGCCAAUACAAAGAUGAAUACAGAAUCUUCACGUAGCCACGCAAUUCUCAUGGUAUAUAUCCGUAGAUCUGCAAAUGAGGACGAAGAAACUAACCAAGAAACAGGUAUGGCAGCAGGUAGACAAGGCCAUCAUGUGUUGACUAUCCGGAAAAGCAAGCUGCUGAUAGUGGAUCUUGCAGGAUCCGAGCGAAUAGGCAAAUCAGGGAGUGAAGGCCACGUACUCGAGGAGGCCAAAUUCAUCAAUCUUUCUCUUACUUCACUUGGGAAAUGCAUAAAUGCACUAACUGAAAAUAGUCCACAUAUACCAAUUAGAGAUUCAAAACUAACAAGAUUGCUUCGUGAUUCAUUUGGAGGUUCUGCAAGAACUUCACUCAUUAUAACAAUCGGACCAUCUUCUCGUCAUCAUGCAGAAACUGCAAGCACUGUAAUGUUUGGACAACGGGCCAUGAAAGUUGUAAACACAGUGAAGCUGAAAGAAGAAUUUGAUUACGAAAGCUUAUGCAGGAAGCUGGAGACUCAAGUCGAUUAUCUUUCUGCAGACAUUGAUCGGCAACAAAGGUUGAGAGAGAACGAAACAAAUGAAUUGAAGAAGUUGCUAAAAGAGUUCGAAAAUUCUUCUGCUGAAGCAGAAAAGAAAUUUUCUGUUAGAGCUGAGUUACUACAGAAGGAAAAUACUCAUUUAACGUCAAAAAUAAAAGAACUGCUCCAAGAACUAGAUAAUCAGAAGGAAGAAAACAAAGUAUUGAUCGAUGAGGUAGCUCGCUUGGCAACGAGUUUAAAGGAUAUUAAGUGCUUGGAGGAGGAAAACGAUCGUCUGGAACAUGAUUUGACUGAUGCUAUGAAUGAUCUGAAACACCAAAAAGAUCAAAACAUUAUCUUGUGUGACAAGGUUGCACGUCUAGAGAUGAAUUCCCAGCACGACAAGCAAAAGCAGCUAGAGGAUUCAGCAUAUCAGAGAAUACUUGCUGAUACAACCCAAAUGUAUGAGGAGAAAAUAGCUGAUUUGACUAAUAAGAUACAAGAAGAGAACGCUCAAAACAGUAGUGCUGAAGAAGAAAUAGAGAAGCUGAAGAAGCAAGUAGCUGAUUGUCAUCGAUUGCUUGAGGAAAGUCAGGUCGAGAACUCCAGAUAUCGCAAAGCACUUGCGGACACCACGAAGAUGUAUGAAGAGAGAAUAGAGUCAUUAAAUCAACGGGUUGAAGAUGAACGUUUACAUGCUGGCGAGCUUAAAGAAGAGUUGAAUUCAACGAAAAACCUUCUUCGUGAGCAUCAAAAUUCAUCCAAGGUUGGGGCAGAGAAAGAGAUGGGUGAGCUACGAAUAAGAUUGCAAGAAGUGCACCAGCUGCAUGAGGCAACUACCGAUGAACUUAGAUUAUUACACAUACAAAAUAAGAAUCUAGAAUCAGAAAAGGCGAUACUUAAAAAUGAACUUUGUGCAGUCAGAUUAACACUUCAAGAAGAGGAAAAACUAAGAAAAGAAGCUGAAACAGAGCUAAUUCACUUAAUAAAGGGUGUACCAGAAAGUGAAGAUGGCUUUGAGGAAAAGGUACCUUACGUGAAUGAGAAUAUAACCAAGUCUUCAGCUUUACGCAGUCCACAAAGCUCACACAAGUCUAGCCGGUCAAGAGAAACUAUCCUCAACCAAAGAAAUACAAUUACUAAAAUAUGUGAGGAAGUUGGUCUCCAAAAGAUAGUGUCACUGUUAGAGUCUGAAGAUUUAGAUGUUCAAACUCAUGCAGUCAAAGUUGUUGCGAACCUUGCAGCUGAAGAUAUCAAUCAGGAAAGAAUCGUACAGGAAGGUGGUUUAGAUGCCUUGCUUAAGUUAGUGGAGUCGUCACAGAACACGACGAUACUGAGAGUUGCUUCUGGUGCCAUAGCAAAUUUAGCAAUGAAUGAGAUGAAUCAAGGUUUGAUAACAAAUAGAGGAGGCGCUAAACUUCUAGCCACUGCAGCUUCCAGAACCGACGAUCCUCAAACUCUUCGGAUGGUUGCUGGGGCUAUUGCAAAUCUAUGUGGAAAUGAAAAGCUGCACAUGGUUUUGAAAGAAGAUGGAUCCAUCAGAGCUCUAUUAGGAAUGACGAGAUUGGGGAACACUGAAGUGGUUGCUCAGGUUGCGAGAGGUUUGGCUAACUUCUCCAAGUGUGAGUCGAGAAGAAUCAUGAAAGGACAUUGGAGGGGUCGUUCGUUACUAAUGGAAGAUGGAGGUCUGUCGUGGUUGGUUGCCAACUUGAAGACAGCGUCUGCCUUGACCAGACGCCACUUGGAACUUGCCAUUUGCCAUUUAGCUCAAAAUGAGGACAAUGCAAGGGAUUUCAUAAACUGUGGAGGGGUAAAGGAGUUGGUUGAGAUCUCCAACGAGUCGAGCAGAGAAGACAUUCGGAGCUUGGCCAAGAAGACGCUUAGGUUGAGUUCAUUGUUUCGAGGGGGAGAAUGAUGGUGCGAAGACUUGCUUGAGCAAUUUUUCAACUGGUUGAUACUAGUUACGGGCUAAUUACUCUGAAAGUUCUGAUAAAUUUGUAAAUAAAAUUUUGGAUGAUUAUUUGGUAUAGUAUAUAGCAAAGGACAUAUAUGACGUAUACAUACGAUCACGAUUAGUGAAAUAUUACUCAUGUUGAACACAUUGUAAUUGAAAACAGUAUUUGUUCCAA